AUGAAGCCAAAGCGCUUUACGUCAGACAAAUGGAAGAAUAUAGGAACCCGAAGGAAAGACAAGCGUAUCCGCGACGAUUACCAGCUCAGUGAUAUCCUCGCGGGCAUGCCUCUACCAUACGUGCACGCAGGAAGAUGUAGACGGUGCGUGCGUAUCUACACGUGUUUAGUUCGUAGAGCCAGGAAGCAGAGGUGGGAGAUACGUCGAUGGCGGGCCAAGGGGGUCGAUUUGACGAAGUAUACGCACGACUUCUCCGAUGCGAAAGAUAUCGACUGGCUGAAGGAGAUGCAGGCACAGGGGAAGCUGGACCUUCCUCCCCCUACACUCUGCGAGAAGCAGCUGACCCCGCAGCAACUGCGACAGCAGCAACAGCAGCGGGCGGAACAGGGAGAGAGAGAAGGGGACGAGGAAGGACGUCUCUAA